CGCCUCACAACCCGCGACGAACACCGAGGAGCCAGCAAGAGACAAACCUGACCAAAUCCACCCUAGCUACAAAUUUUCUUGGCCGCGCGCGGCAGGCAGAUCGAGCAGGCGAGCGAAGAUGUCGUGGCAGACGUACGUCGACGAGCACCUGAUGUGCGAGAUCGAGGGCCACCACCUCACCUCCGCCGCCAUCGUCGGCCACGACGGCACCGUCUGGGCACAGAGCGCCGCCUUCCCUCAGUUCAAACCGGAGGAGAUGACCAACAUCAUGAAGGACUUCGACGAGCCGGGGUUCCUCGCCCCGACCGGACUGUUUCUUGGACCAACCAAGUACAUGGUCAUCCAAGGUGAACCUGGCGCUGUCAUUCGUGGCAAGAAGGGAUCAGGAGGCAUCACAGUGAAGAAGACCGGGCAGGCGCUGGUGGUCGGCAUCUACGACGAGCCCAUGACCCCGGGGCAGUGCAACAUGGUGGUUGAGAGGCUCGGUGACUACCUCGUAGAGCAGGGCCUGUAGAUCGAUCGAUCACAUCCAUUGUCGCGCACCGUUCCCAAAUUUCACCAACAAAUUAACUCAGCCAAACGAGUCACAUUACUAGAUCCAUAUGCAAUUUUUCUAGCCACCACCGCGCAUGCAUGGGAUUAAUUGUGGUUUAAUUUUUUUUUCUCAUCUUCCCCUGUCAACACCACACAUUGCAGAUCACUUCCUGCAGUGCCAUAGUCCCUCUCGUUUCUUCGUGUCGUUUCGGCUAAUAAUUGUGUGUUUUUUUUUCUUUUUUGCCGGUUUGGUCAUUUCGGCUGCCGUUUGAGUUGUGAAUCUGGAACAACAUAUAUGUGAUUGCCAUUGUUUCAUUGCAAUACAAAGAAGACAGUAUAUACAUUCA